CUAGGCGUACCUUCUCCAAUCAAUAUCAACAUCAUCUUCAGCCAUGUCUGACGUUACUUUUCAGCGCCAAGCAGAAUGGGCUCCUCAGAAAGAAAUCCUCAUGGCUUGGCCGGGCCUAGAGGGAAUUCUGCAGGACUAUCCAGAGAGACUGGCUAAGGCAACCCAAGAGGUUUCCAACCUCGCCGCCGCUAUCGCCAACUUCGAGCCCGUUACAGUGGUCGUGGGCACUGAGCGAAUCGAAGAAGCCGAAGCACACUUUGCCGAGGUUGAAGCCCCCUUUCCGAUAACUGCGCACCGCAUUGAAGGGGAUAGCAUGGACGUCUGGAUGAGAGACAUUGCUCCCGUCUUUGUUGUCAAGAACGGCCCCGGCAAUGACCGCAGCCUCGUCGGCCUCGACUACAACUUCAAUGGCUGGGGCGGCAGAUACCCCACGCCUACUACCAUUCACGCCGCCAAAAUGAUUCUGAAAGACCUCAAGAUUGAGCGUAUCGAAACCUCCAUCGUAACUGAGGGCGGCGCCCUCGAAGCCGACGGCGACGGGACUCUCCUGGUAACCGAGAGCUCCAUCGUCAACGAGAACCGCAACCCGGGCAAGUCUCGCCAGGAGAUUGAAGAUGAGCUCGUCCGCACGCUCGGCAUCAAGAAGGUCAUCUGGAUUCCGGGCAGACCCGGCCUGGACUCGACCGACUGCCACAUUGACGCCCUCGCGCGCUUUGUCCGGCCCGGCGUCAUCGCCCUCAGCAAGGCCAACGAGAAGGAGCCCACAGAUUGGACAGUCGUCUACGAGGAGGCCUUGGAGAUACUCAGCUCGGCGACCGACGCAAAGGGCCGUCCGUUUGAGAUCGUCGAGAUCGAGGAGCCUGACGAGGAACUUUUCGAGGGCGGAGGCUUCGGCGAUGAUCGCGCUGUGCGAAGCUAUGUCAACUAUCUGCUGGUCAACGGAGGCAUCAUCUUGCCCCGGUUUGGUGACCCAGCUCACGAUGCUGCAGCCAUCAGAGCUACCCAAUUGCUUUUUGGGGAUGAGCGAAGGAUCUUCCCCGUUCUCGUUGACGAGCUGCCUAGAUUGGGCGGUGGGAUUCACUGCUCGACGCAGGAAGUUCCGUUGUUUCCCUGA